UUCAUUGGGCAUUUCACAACGUUUGAAAUCGUUUCUAGGUCCUCGCAUCAUCUUCUUUGUUCCAAAAGGACCCUUUAUACAGGUUUUCCCACUCUCCGUUGAAUGGCAACUCAUUUGGAUGGCUCUGAGGCAGAACUACGCUCUGUAUCUGUCAAAUUAGACGGUCGUGCUAGUAUCGAACACCAACUUGACAUCCACGUUCUAGAUCUUGUCGAUGCCGUUGACAAUGCCGACAUCGCUCUCGACGAUGUGCUCCAAGGGCUCAAGUAUGUCAUGGAGUACCGCAUCAAGGGCGGCAAGAUGCCGCACCUCGACGGAGCCCUCAUGGAGCGUCUCUUGGAAGGACUCUUGCAAAACAUGGGCCACAAUGAGGGAAAUCUCAUUAGACGUCGUCCCACUCCAGAAGCCGAUAUAGCAUUUGUGCUGUUUGGAGAGUUCUUGGAAGAGGUUGAAGAGUUCCGUGAAGCGGUUGCCAAGAAAUCUGCUACAGAUCUUCGUCACUGCUUAAAAUUUCAUCGUCGUUGCCAACCAUUUUCCACUGCGGAAGAGCGGGAGGAUGCAGCCGGAGUUUUGGCCUUGUUGCUUCGUCACUUCCCGCAACAUGAUUGGAAGGAACUCGUCAAGGAAGAUGAACACGAUGAUGUGGAAAAGCUUAUGAAAGAGUACAAGGAGAAGUUUGAGAGGCCAGCUAUGCCUCCUGCUCAGGAUGUCUACCCUCCGCAAGCAUUAUAUUUCGAUAAGAAUACAGAAGCUUUGGCGCAAAUGUUCGGGUCGGACCUGAAUAAUGGAUUGCCCUCCUCGCGCAUUCCUCAAUUGGUUGACCACUACGGACCAAAUCAGCUUCCUUCCCCACCAAAGGAGUCAGCUCUCUACAUGUUAUGGACUCAAUUCACAGAUUUCAUGGUGCUGAUUCUUAUAGCUGCGGCAGUCGCUCAGUUCGCCACUCAGGAUUAUAAGGCUGGAAUUGUCCUACUGGUUGUCGUUUUCAUGAACGUGACAAUUGGAUUUACACAAGAGUACAAGGCCAACAAGGCUCUUGAGGCCCUGCUGUCCCUAAGCGUUCCCAAAGCGACUGUCGUUCGCGAUGGUAAACAAGAAGUUGUCGACUCCGUUGUCUUGGUUCCGGGCGACAUUGUCGUUUUGGAGGAAGGAGAUGCAGUCCCGGCUGAUCUUCGUCUCUGCGAGGUGGCACAGCUGGAAAUUGUGGAAGUUAUCCUCACCGGUGAGGCACUCGCCAUCCCUAAGGGAGUACGCACCAUCCGCAAACGGACCCGUAGGUUACCCCUUGGAGAGUGUAAGGGCAACGCUUUCAUGACGACUGUCGUUGGUCGCGGUCGUGGGAAAGGUAUUGUCGUGCGUACCGGUAACAACACUGAAAUUGGAAAGAUUAGUACGGCAAUCACCGCGGCGCCCAAGCGGAAAACAUCUCUGCAAAUCAAGCUCGCAAGGCUCGGAAAAUGGCUUGUCGGUCUAUCCAUCUUUCUCUGUGCGUUGAUCAUCGUCAUUGGCAUUGCGUAUAAGCGGGACGCGGUGGAGAUGGUCAAGAUUGGUGUCAGUUUGGCCGUAUCUGUCAUCCCUGAAGGUUUGGUAGCUGUUGUCACGGUCACCAUGGCGCUGGGUGUCGUGCGAAUGGCCAGACGUCACGCCAUUGUUCGAAAGCUACCGUCAGUUGAAACUCUUGGAUCGGUGAAUGUCAUUUGUUCCGACAAAACAGGAACCCUUACCGAAGGGAAAAUGGGUACGGCCGAGCUAUGGACCAGUGACAAUGCCUUGUUUACGUUUACACAAUCAACGAACAUGGAUCCAAAUGCGGGUAACGCCCGCAAAUGUGGCUACCUCCCUCUGGCGGAUGCUUUGGUAAACCCCGUUCAGCAUACGAAGCUGGAUUCGGAGAGCCGAGCUAAUGCCACGGAUGUUCCCAAAACAUUGGGAGGCAUGCCAACGCAUUUACUUGCGGGUACUAUGGCUGCAAGUCUCUGUAACAAUUCCAACAUUGUGUGGGAUGAGGAAACUAGUGCAUGGAAGCCAAUCGGAGACCCGACUGAGGUGGCGAUGAUAAUUGCGGCACAGAAGGUCGGGUUUCCCAGAGAAUGGUUCCAUGAUAACGGACUUAAGAAGAUCGGAGAGUAUGCUUUUGACAGUGACCGUAAACUGAUGAGCGUCAUCUAUCAGCAGGCGGAUGGAGAAGACAUGGCGAAUAGGUUUACCGCGGGUACUACGUUUGUUUUUACUAAAGGUGCCCCAGAAGGUGUACUGCAGAAGAGUACCCAUUACCUACCCCCUGCAAGCGACACGAGCGACUUUUUUAAGUUCCUUCAGAACGUGACUCCCGAACCUGUCAGCGAUCAGUUUGUCGAAUUAGUUUCUCAGAAAGCGUCCACUAUGGCGUCCAGUGGUCUUCGUGUGUUAGCUCUUGCAAUGCGUCACGUCACUGCGCAGGAAGCCGAGGAAAUCAUCAACGCGAAGAAGGAGAGUGCUGCAGAACAGAAGCUUACAUUCAUUGGUCUUAUUGGUUUGAUCGAUCCCGCCAAGGAAGGCGUCAAGCAGAGCGUAGCUACAUGUAAACGGGCGGGUAUUAAAGUCGUUAUGAUCACCGGUGACCACGUCGCCACCGCUUCGGCCAUCGCCAAACAACUUGGUAUUAUGGACCCCAACAGAACUAGCGAAAGCCGUGCCAUGAAAGGUUACGAAAUCGAUCUUCUUUCAGAGGAACAGCUUGCCGCUCUUCGUCCAUUCCCUGUGGUAUUCGCCCGUGUGAGUCCAGACAACAAGCUCAAGAUUGUCAAAGCCCUGCAAAGCAGAGGGUACUCUGUCGCCAUGACUGGUGAUGGUGUGAACGAUGCCCCGGCUAUCAAACAAGCCGACGUCGGUGUUGCUAUGGGUAUUAGCGGAACAGAAAUUACCAAGCAGGCUGCGGACAUUGUUCUGGCAGAUGAUAAUUUCUCGACGAUUGUGGAGGCCGUACGUGAAGGUCGUGGAGUCUUUGAUAAUAUUCAAAAGUUUGUGGUGUACCUACUUUCUUGUAACUCGGCCGAAAUCUUCUUGUUCUUGAUAACGACGAUUUGUAAUAUUCCUGCCCCCUUCACCACCAUUAUGAUUCUCUGGGCCAAUAUCAUUGCCGAUGUGCCCCCCGCGAUGUCCCUUGGAGUUGAACCUCAUGAGGUCGACAUCAUGGACCGCAAACCUCGUCCACUCAACGAAGGCGUCUUAACUCUCCCUACUUCUCUCCUCGUUCUCGCCCAAGGUCUGAUGCUCAGUAGCAUCACCUUUGGAGUCUACAUGAUUGCUCGUAAUCACGGCAUCAAUGGCCCAACAACCUUACAAUACCAACAAUCUCUUGCAUUCAUGACGCUCACCAUCAUGCAAUUGACACAAUCCUUCUUUUCGCGGAGUAUUUCUCAUUCCAUCUUCCGCACGGGUAUAUUGGGUAAUAAAUGGUUAGUCGGGGCUUACAUCCUCAGUUUGGGAUGCGUAAUUCUCGGUACAUACGUUCCUGGCUUCAACGACUGGCUCGGUCUAGAGGAUAUUGGCGGAAUUGGGUGGGGGAUCAUUGUGGCGUGCUUGGUCAUCCAGUUCGUGUUGGUGGAGUUGGUUAAACUCGGAUAUAGAAGUUAUCGCCGACAUGCCUUAUUGAGAGGGCGUGGGUCGGAUGAAUACACGGAGAUGCACGAAGAGGUUAGGGUGUAGAAAAAGGGGACGGUAAAUAGUAAUGUUUAGGACAAUUGAUACAAUUAUCAUGAUAUGGCGCAAGGUUUAUUGAUAAUGAGAAUGAUAAAAUGUUUCGAUUUGUAAGUUUGUACAUACAGUC